ACCGGGGCUGAUAUGUUAUCGGUGUAUCACAAGUGGGCUUCACAGUAAAGGCUUGCGUUGGGGCAUCCGGCGCCCUGGUCGUUCGGAAAGAAGCGUCGAACUGUGUCGAGGCUUCGUAACAUAACAGCACAAUGACAGACACAAGACCCGUCCCGGCAACGCACGUCGUCAACGGCGUCCGCCUGCCCAUCUUCUUCGACGCCGACACGGCUCGCGCGAGCAUGACGUACACACCUAAAGACACCGACGUCUUCAUCGCCACGUACCCGAAAUGUGGCACGACAUGGAUGCAGCACAUUGUCUACCUUAUUCAGAACCACGGGAAGCCACCACAGAAAGCCGGUGAUUUUUUCCGCUCAAGCACGUACCUCGAAAUGCUCGGCAAGAAAGCUGCGGACGAAGUGACGGUACCAGGAGCCAUCAAGACGCACUUGCCAUUCGACAAAGUUCCCUUCUCGCCCAAGGCCAAGUACAUCUACGUCUAUCGGAACCCGUGGGAUUGUGUAGUGUCUUACUUUAACCACGUUAAGACUAUCCCUCCGUACAAGUUCCAGGGCGGAACGUUCGACGACCUGUUCGAAGCUUUCAUGCGAGGCGAGGUUGAAGACGGCGACUACUUCGACCAUUUCCUUGGCUGGUACGCGCACAGAAGCGACCAAAAUGUAUUCCCCGUAUCGUACGAAGAAAUGCACGUUGAUCCAACAACAGCGAUACGGCGGGUUGGACAGUUUCUGGGUGAGGAGUACGAAAAAUCGUUGCAGGACGACAAUGUUCUUCAAGAAGUCUUGAAGUGCAGUAGCCUCGACUACAUGAAGGUCCAUGCGAACGAGUAUAUGAGAGACUUUUUUAGGAAGGACAUGCGAGAUGUUUUGGAAGACCCUGCGUUGACACCGAGCAUAAAGAAUAUUCGGAGGGGUUUCUCGGAAGAUGAUGUUGAUUCGUUCGGGUUGGUGAAGAAAGGUGGGAUCGGCAAAGCGGCAGACGUCCUCAAGCCGGACCACGUGCUCAGAUUGAGAAAGAAGUUAGAAGAGAAGCUUUCGGGUGUGGAGUUGCCAGAUUCGUGGAAGAACUUGCCCUACUUGUUGUGAGAUGGUGGUAAUAAAAGAAAAAGUGUGUAUAAAUGCA